AUGAGUAGCUAAAAUAUUGAGUGAGUGGUUAGAGCUUGAGACUGACAAUGGACGGUCUAGUUCAGCUGCAGAAGAACCUCGUUGAUUACACUGCUUCUCUAUUUCAUGAGGGUUUUUUAGAUGAACAAUUUAACCAGCUUCAGCAACUUCAAGAUGAAAGUAACCCGGAUUUUGUGGUUGAAGUGGUCACUCUCUUUUUUGAAGACGCCGAGAGGCUUCUUAACGAGCUCUCGAAAACACUAUAAGGGCACUUCAAUAUCCUAGGCCAACCUAGCAUUGAUUUUAAAAAGUUGGAUGCUCAUGUUCAUCAGUUGAAGGGUAGCAGCUCCAGCAUUGGAGCACAGAGAGUUCACAGAGUCUGCAUUUCCUUCCGAAACUCUUGCGAGGAGCAAAACGUUGAAGGGUGUCUUAAAAACUUGCAACAAGUGACACAUGAGUACUCCUUGGUGAAAAACAAGCUUGAAACUCUCCUCAGGAUGGAGCAACAGAUUUUGGCUGCUGGUGGAUAGGUUUGUGGGUAGUGUGACACGAAGCAGAAUGGUUUGCUGCAACUAGAAUUUGGAAAU